ACUCGGUUUAGAAAAGGAGCUCUCAGCAAAAAGUUUCAGAUCAGGAAGGCAGGGGAACCUCAACCAUGGCCGCCAAAGGGCAGGUUGAUCUUCUUCUAAAGCUAGACCAUGCAAAAACGCAGCUCUACCACAUCAAAGCUGUGAUAAUCUCCGGCAUGGGAUUUUUCACUGAUGCAUACGAUCUUUUUUGCAUCUCUUUGGUGACCAAACUACUUGGCCGCAUAUAUUACCAGGUUGAAGGAUCACCAAAACCAGGUAUUUUGCCCCCUAAUGUUGCUGCAGCUGUUAAUGGGGUAGCACUAUGUGGAACUCUUGCCGGACAACUCUUCUUUGGGUGGCUCGGUGACAAGCUUGGUCGCAAGCGUGUUUUUGGCAUCACGCUUUUGCUCAUGAUGAUAUCUUCCGUUGGUUCUGGCCUUUCUUUCGGGAGUUCACCGAAAACAGUCAUGGCUACUUUGUGUUUCUUUAGGUUUUGGCUUGGUUUCGGGAUCGGAGGAGACUAUCCACUCUCGGCAACCAUAAUGGCUGAAUACUCUAACAAGAAGACUCGUGGGGCUUUUAUUGCGGCUGUUUUUGCUAUGCAAGGAUUUGGAAUUCUUGCUGGCGGUGUUGUGGCUAUGGCUGUUUCUGCAACUUUUGGUGCUGUAUACAAAGCUCCUGCUUACUCGGUUGAUCCAGUUGGCUCUACCGUGCCACAAGCAGAUUAUGUCUGGAGGAUAAUUUUAAUGCUUGGUGCAUUGCCUGCUGCUUUGACCUAUUAUUGGCGCUUGAAGAUGCCCGAAACUCCUCGUUACACUGCCUUGGUAGCCAAGAAUGCUGAGAAAGCCAGUCGAGAUAUGUCGAAAGUCAUGGGCAUUGAGGUGCAAGCUCAGAAGGAGGCAGGAGAGGAGAAGGUGAUUAAUAAAAGCAACUCUUUUGGGUUGCUAUCGGAGGAAUUUCUUCGCCGUCAUGGACUGCACUUGUUAGGGACUGCAAGCACUUGGUUUUUACUUGACAUUGCAUACUAUAGCCAGAACUUGUUCCAAAAGGAUAUUUUCAGUGCUGUUGGGUGGCUUCCAAGGGCCAAUACAAUGAAUGCAAUGGAAGAACUUUUCAAGAUCGCCAGGGCUCAAUUCCUUAUAGCACUCUGUGGCACAGUCCCAGGAUAUUGGUUCACAGUUUUUCUCAUUGAUCAUAUAGGUCGUUUCACAAUUCAGCUGAUCGGGUUUUUCUUCAUGACUGUGUUCAUGUUUGUACUGGCCAUUCCUUAUCACCACUGGACUCUAAAAGAAAACAACAUUGGUUUCGUAGUCAUUUAUGGACUUACCUUCUUUUUUGCAAAUUUUGGGCCUAAUAGCACUACAUUUAUAGUACCAGCGGAGAUUUUCCCUGCAAGGUUCAGGUCAACUUGCCAUGGAAUAUCAGCAGCUGCUGGGAAGGCUGGCGCAAUAAUAGGGGCUUUCGGGUUCUUGUAUGCAGCACAGAAUCAGGACAAGUCCAAGGUUGAUCCAGGGUAUCCAGCAGGUAUUGGGAUGAAAAACUCGCUAAUGGUGCUUGGCAUGAUGAAUGUGCUUGGCUUUCUGUUGACAUUUUUGGUUCCUGAGCCAAAAGGAAGAUCCUUAGAGGAGAUUUCAGGGGAGAGUGAAGAAGUUGAUCAAGCACAUCCCACUGGAGUUGAAACUGUCUAGUCUAGCGGUUUUUGUUUUUUUUUUCAGAUGACCUUUUCAUUCUAGGUUUCAAUAUGCUGUACCAAGAUCUUAAGAAUUUUUCUUUAUCCUCUUAAUUAAACUGAUACUUAUUUGCUCGGAGGUUAAGGGCUGCCACUUGGGAAUUUCAAUGUUGUGCCGUUUUUAUUUUAUAGCAAA